AAUGGGGUGCGGUGAUGUCAUUGUAAACUUCUCUCAGACCCUAUUCAGACGCUGCGCGUUUUACUCUUCAUUGUGAUUGUCGAAACUUUCAGAGCUCCUCGAGAACGGUACCCAUCCGGGAAAUACAGUUUUAAAGAAACUUAACUGUCAUCAUCGUAAACAACAAAGCAAUUCACUGACAAAUCUACAAGAAGCCCGGCUUGUAGGCGAGGGCGAGUGGGAACUUACAAAAUGAACCGGAGUUUUAAUAAAUCUCAGACCUUGCGGUAUUUGGACUUUACUGCAGUGGAAGUAAAAAGCAAGUAUGGGGCAGAAUUUAGAAGAUUCUCCUUGGAUCGAUUCAAACCUGGCAAAUUUGAAGAGUUCUACAAUCUCAUUCUUCACAUUCACCGGUUAUCCAACAUUGAAGUCAUGCUCGGCUAUGCUGACGUCCACGGAGACCUACUUCCCAUUAACAACGAUGACAACUUCUGCAAGGCUGUCUCCAUGGCCAACCCCUUGCUUAGAGUCUUCAUACAGAAACAAGAGGAAGUCGACUACAGCAGUUUCGGCACCAACACCCUGACAAGGCGGAAGAAGGCAGUGGUGACCCUCCGCAACGAUGUCAACCGCAAGCGGCCGCACAUCAGCAUCAGCAUGCCACAGGACUUCCGGCCUGUAUCCUCUAUCAUCGAUGUGGACAUUCUGCCCGAGACCCACCGACGGGUACGUCUCUACCGCCACGGCUCUGACAAACCCCUGGGCUUCUACAUCCGGGAUGGCACCAGUGUGCGGGUCACCCCCCACGGUCUGGAGAAGGUGCCGGGCAUCUUCAUCUCACGCAUGGUGCCGGGCGGGCUGGCAGAGAGCACGGGGCUCCUGGCUGUCAACGACGAGGUGCUGGAGGUCAACGGCAUUGAGGUGACGGGCAAGACCUUGGACCAGGUGACGGACAUGAUGAUAGCCAACAGCCAUAACCUCAUCAUCACCGUGAAGCCUGUCAACCAGCGCAACAACAUCAUCCGCAGCAGCCGCAUCUCCGGCAGCUCGGGCCAGUCCACAGACAGUGGCAGCUCCACCAGCCAUCACAGCCUGCCUCCCCCUUCCGUCCUCAACCAGCACCUUCUUCAGAACUUCCACCCGGACGACAUGGACAGCGAUGAGGAGGCCGAUAUUGUCAUUGAGAGCAGCCUCAAGCAACCCAAGAAAACGGCAACGCCUCCUUCGAAACCACUGUCCCAACGUUCUUCUUCCAGAGGCCAGCUCCCAAUGCCACCCAGUCCCCCACGACCUCCUUCCUCCAUCUCCAACGCCUCCACCGCUAUUGUACAGUCCCACCCCAGCAACGGCAACAACAACCUGAGCUUCAGACUGCACAAGGAGCUCUCUCUCCAGCACCACAGCAGCAGGGGAUCCAUCAGCAAGGAAAGCAACGGCAGCCUCCACAAAAUCCUCAAUAGCUUGAGAACAGACCCCAGACACAGCCUAGUCCUGCCCAGAGGAGGAGUAGAGGAGGACGGCACCGUUAUCACGCUUUAAAAUUCACACCAACCUUUUUCUUUUGCAGACGCUGCUCUGAAGUCUUGCAUCUCCUGUGUCUUACAGAAUAUCAAAAUUGAAAGAAACACUAAUUAAGGUAUAACAAAAAAAUGUAUACUGUGUAAUUUAAAGCUAAAAAGAGGUGGGUUGGCUCUUUUUUUUACGAGGGGACCACAAUUUUCCUGUGGAGAUUAACUGGUUCUGACCUUCAUUUUGUAAUUUCCAAGGAAAUGUUGCUGCUAUAAUGGUUGAUAUUCCCAAACAAUCAGACAAAAUUAAACACUCUGAUCCAUUGUAAACUGUUGAGAAUUGUUUUCAUUUUAAAAUAUACAGUAGAUGCUUCUUAAUUGCACAAGGAAUUGAAUCAAAGAAUACAGCAUCCAUAUUAUGUCCCUCUGCUGACACCCGAUCAAGUUUUAUGUAUGUGUUUUAAAUUAAGGGAUUAAGUUUUGUGCUUGAAACGUGCCUUCUUACUUCGUCUUGAAAUUUGAUUAGAGUAUAAAUAACCCCUCAUGCUAAUUUUCAAUUACCACUUUUCUUAAAAGUAACUGUCAAGAACAUAAUGAUAUUUACUGUAUUUACAAGAAUACAGUACUGUAUCAUACAGCAAUACUACUGAUUACAGUCAGAUCAAUAAAAGCCAUUAAUAGUAAUGUUUUAAUAUUUUUGUAUGCAGAAAUGUAAAAGGAGAGUCAUUAUUUGAAGAAAAAAAUCGAUUAACGUGUUUUAUCAUUUUCUUAAUGUUUAGGUUAGUUUAAAGUACCUGCACAGUCUCUUGCACACAAAUAUUGACACUGAGGUUGAACAAUAGGUAUAACACGAUGAAGGCAUUCCCAUUCGUCUUAUUGAUUUAGUUUUUUUUUUUUUUAUGGUUUUACCGCCAAUGCUGAACAUAUAAAAUGGAAUCAUGCUUACCACGUAGUCAGGACUAAACGGUUUCACUGACCAAACGUCAUUAAAACUCAAAGGAUAUAACCAUAAAUCAUAGUUGCAUUUUUUCAUGAAAGGAAAAUAAAUGUGCUUUAUAUUACAUAAGACAUACCAAACAAUGUUGCCUCUGUUUUCCUAUCCUUAAAUUAACCUUCACAUUUCUUUGUUACUAGUUUUGUAACAAAAAGAUUUAAUUUUAUGAAACAAAAACUGAUGCAAAUUGCAUUUGGUUAUAAACACCUUGUGCAAUAAGGCAAACGGCCUUCCCUGACUAAGGUAGAGGUGUGCAAUUAGGUGGAUUCUACUGUAUUUGAUACAGGAUAGAAUUGUUUUGUUUACAUUGAUUUUACAAGCCUAAUAAAUUGUAGCCACAAGCUAAUAUUAUUUUGUAGAAUGUCGUUCAUUUACGUUUGCCAAGCCUUUGCAUCUUGCUCGCAUUCAUGGACAAGAUGCCUGAGUAAGUAUUAUAUUUGAAAAGCCCCAUUUCUUUCAUCAACUCCAUGAUAUAUUUUACUGUGUAACACUUUUUUUUUUUUUUUUUUGUAAAGAAA